GGGCAGGGCGGCGGCGGCGGAGCGGGAGCGGCGGGAGGUCGUGGACAGCGGUCGAUAUGGAAAGGCUGGUUGAACGGUUGGAGAAGGCUGUGGAGCGCCUGGAGACGGUGUGCCAAGGGCCUGGCAUGUGUGGAGAGGGCUCCUCCAAAGGAGUGGCUCAGUAUGUGCAGGCUUUCGAUGCCCUUCUGUCUGGCCCAGUAGCCGAAUACAUCAAGAUCAGCAAAGAAGUCGGCGGGGAUGUGCAGAAACACGCUGACAUGGUUCACGCGGGUUUGAUGAGUGAGAGGGCUCUUCUGGUGGUGGCAUCUCAGCAUCAGCAGCCAGCGGAGAAUGCCUUCUCAGCGCUCCUGAAACCCAUCUCGGAGCAAAUCCAGGUGGUGCAGAACUUCAGGGAGAAGAACCGUGGCAGCAAAAUGUUCAAUCACUUAUCUGCAGUCAGCGAGAGCAUCCCAGCCCUGGGCUGGGUGGCCAUGGCUCCAAAGCCUGGUCCUUAUGUGAAGGAAAUGACUGAUGCUGCCAUGUUUUACACCAAUAGGAUCCUCAAGGAGUACAAGGAUGUAGAUAAAAAGCAAGUGGACUGGGUGAAAGCUUAUCUGAGUAUCUGGACAGAGCUGCAGGCCUACAUCAAAGAGUACCACACCACGGGGCUGACCUGGAGCAAAACGGGUCCUGUGGCCACAGAAGGGGCUAAAGCAGCCCCUGCUGCCCCCGCUGGGGUUGCACCCCCCCCUCCAGGCCCUCCCCCUCCCCCUGCCCCCGUGAGCUCCAGCACAGACGACUCUGCCUCGCGCUCGGCGCUCUUCGCCCAGAUCAACCGGGGAGAAGGGAUCACCUCGGGCUUGAGGCACGUUUCAGAUGACAUGAAAACCCACAAGAAUCCAGCCCUGAAGAACCAAGGGGGCCCUGUGAGAAGUGGCCCCAAACCUUUCACUGCUCCCAAACCAGCCUGUAAUGCUAAUCCCUCCCAAACCACCUCUCCGAAGGCACCUCCACUGCUGGAGCUGGAGGGCAAGAAGUGGAGAGUGGAAAACCAGGAGAACGCCACUAACCUGGUAAUUAGUGACACAGAGUUGAAGCAGGUAGCAUAUGUUUUCAAGUGCACGAACAGUACACUCCAAAUCAAAGGCAAGAUCAACUCCAUCACCCUCGAUAACUGCAAGAAGCUGGGUCUGGUGUUUGAUGACGUGGUGGGAAUUGUAGAGAUCAUCAACAGCAGGGAUGUUAAAGUUCAGGUCAUGGGAAAAGUGCCAACGAUUUCCAUCAACAAGACAGACGGUUGCCACGUGUACCUGAGCCAGAGCUCCCUGGACUGCGAGAUCGUCAGUGCCAAGUCGUCGGAGAUGAACGUCCUCAUUCCCACAGAGGGGGGGGACUUUACUGAAUUCCCCGUCCCAGAACAGUUCAAGACAGUGUGGAACGGUCAGAAGUUGGUCACCACUGUGACGGAAAUCGCCGGCUAAGCAGAAAAGCACCAAGGCUCAAGCCCUCCCCUGGCCCUGCUGUGGGACAAAUCUGCUUUCAGAUGAUUCUCUUAGAUUUCUUGUACCUUUCUGCUCUCAAACUGCUUCUCUUCUACCCGAGAGACACAGCUACCUGCCGUCACUGAAAUUCCUCUGCCUGGGGUUUGGGGUAGGUGGCGGGUGAGUUAUUGUCCACAUCUAUUAGCAGGAAGGUGUAUUUUCUCUCCCCUCUUAACUGCACCAAUUGAUCAGAGUGAACUUCACAGCCAGUCCUGGCAGUUGGCUUUCAGAGUGUUGUUCGGGUUUUUUGGGUUUGUUUUGUAUUUUGCCUUUAAGCAAACUGUUCAUGUGAGAGGAAUGUUGUCCCCUUUUUAACGAGUAACGGUGUCUGUCGGAGUCCACAGUACCCAGUUGCUAUGGCAGAUGUCUUGAGAAGGUCCUGGAAGCUGCCAAUUCCAGCUCUGUGCACUGGUUGGUGGCGUUACAGGACGUGGGAAUGGUUUUGUUGGACCAAAGGGCCGUAGCAUUCCACCCUGACCUCUCUUCCAUCAUUCCUACUAGCUCAGUGUAUUUCUGAUUGUGCCAUGACAGGAGGCUUUAAUUAACCCAGUGCCACAGGAAGGCUGCAGUGGUGGAACCCUGGUUACCUGGCAGCCUGGCUGGUAGCUUGGAGCUGAGCACCUCUUACUCCAUGAGCCCUCCACCUUCACAAGGGAACCUUUGCCCCAAGGGCUUCCUCCUUGGAGCAGCUGAACUCAGGUUCAGUCUUCCAGGACGGUUCUUCUGAACCUGUCCCCUUCCAGCGAGGAAGGGACCUCCUCCAUUCCAGGACAGUUGUAAAUACCCGAGUGGGAUCAAGUCGGUUCAUCGCUCUCUUCCUCCUCAUCUGCAAUCAGUCCCCAUGAAGUGAAUCCUUCCCCCUUUUCCCCCUGUUGCUUGGCUCUUUAUUUUGGUGGGAGGUUGUAGCCUCUGUUCCAGGGCCCUGGGGCAGAGUGGUGGAUCACACAGUACUGUACUGGCCCACAAAGGGAGCUGCACGUGCUUUGACCUUCAUUUUUUUUUUUUUUUCCAACGCCUCGGGUGGCAUAAGCAUAUCUUAAAUGCAUUCCCUCUGUAAAAGUGUCAAUGUUCUUUUUCUCUAGUACAAAACUUACAAAAGAAAAAAAAAUAUGCAAAUUUUUUUUUUUUUUUUAAUUUUGAAACUGUCCUGUGACUUGUACUCGUCUUCUCCUGAGGCUUGUGGAAAAACCUUUCUUAUGUACUUAAGAUUAUACAGAAGAUAGAAUAAAGUUAAUGCCAACUUGCUCAUUA